UGCACGAUAAAUAGGUCGUGAUUUCCGGUUAAAGUGGUUGAGGAGGGUGGGUUGCCUCAAGUUUCGACCUUGCAAGCUAGGUAUUUAUCUCAGAUGGCAUCAGAAGCAGAUGUAGGGCUGGGCAAUGAAUCCAGCAAUGGGGCAGGGAGUGUGCAGUUGAAGGGAUAUAUGAACUUUAUAAACAAAGUUCUUCAUCUGCCAUCCAUGCCUAUAUUCUGCGUCUAUAUCAUACUCGUUGUGUUCAGGUCAAAAUGGCAGCAAAAUACAAAACCUUUAACACUUCGUCCGGUGUUGGUGGUUUACAACUUAGUUUGCUGUCUAUUAAGCUCAGUAACAUUAUUAGGAUUCAUGUAUGGGUUGCUACAUAGCCCUCACAUCUAUGACAAAUCCCCCAGCCACUUGCUGGCCCCAUUCUACUUCACAUACUGGAUCACCAAGACCAUUGAGCUACUAGACACAGUGUUCAUGAUUCUACGGCAUAAGCAGCGACAGAUUUCCUUCCUCCACGUGUACCAUCACAGCUCCAUGUUGCUCCUUAGUGACUUUGCCUGUCGUUAUGUUCCAUGGCCUGCCAUUGCUCCUAUUCUUGCCAUUAACUCAUUUGUACAUGUAGUACUAUACUUCUAUUAUGGCAUGACAGCUUGGCAUCCCAAUAUCUCAUUAGAGUGGAAAAAGAAUCUCACACAACUACAGAUACUGCAGUUUUUCAUAGAUUUUGUCUUUGCAGGUGUAGGUUAUGUUUACCAUGGUUUCUGUAUUUAUGGAUUUUUAUAUGGAUUGGGCAUGACAUCACUUUUCAUGAAUUUUUACCAUAAGGCCUAUAUACAUAAAAGGCCUGCUAAGUCUGAGUAAUUAGUAAAUAAUAUCAAUAGUUCUAGGUAUCUUAUUAGAGGUGGUGGAUUAAACACAGCGUGGUUAUAAAUAUUAUAAUUAUUUUCAUUUUAGAAAAUUAUGUGUAUUAUUUAAUGCAUAGUAGCAUUUAAUCUGUAAUAGCAGGCAGUCAUUCCAGUUCUCAAUAUUCCACUGUGACAGUCUCAGAGAUUGAAUCAGUUCGUUACAUAUAUGUUAUAUGUAUAAAAUGAAAAAAGAAUUUGAAAAAGUCACAUAAUUUCUAUUAUUCCAUUGCUAUUAUUUUUGCUGAACAUUUUAGACAUACAUUAGUGGCUCUUCAGAGUGGUAAUUAUAUUCUGUAUAUUGGUGCUGUAUCACAUGAUAAGGGAUAUUUGCUUUUUAAGUUUGUGUUUGUGAAGGAGUGGAAGCACUUUUUGCUCACACCUCAUUUCAUAGUGGAUUGGGCUGUAGACCUCUCUAGACAAGUCCUUCACUGCAUGAAUUUAAAGAAAGCAGCAGCUUUUGAACCUUCCAUUGUGUAAUAAUUAUAAAGGUGAGGAUUUUUGGUAGAUAACAGUUGAGUAUUGAUCAAUUAAGUUGCCAUCAAUCCAUUAACUACUUAACAUGCCCUGUUAGAAAAGUGUUUACAUUUUAUAUGGAAUGCUAAAAAACAAGAUUUUGGUGAAGGUUUUGUGUGUCUAUAGAUUAUAUCAAUUCAUAUAUUUAGAUAUUUGUUAUAAAUAAAUAUAUAAUAUUGUUUUUAAUUAUUGAGGUACUUUAAGUUAUGCUAUGCAUUUCUCCGUCUCAUUUAGUUAUGAUGGUGAUGUAAACUAUGUAUAUGUACAAAUUUUUGGUCUGUGCAUUGUUGUCAGGACAUAUGCACACAGAAUUCGGCCAAACCAGCCUACUGGUAGACAUUCCAGUAUUAUAAUGGAAUCGGGACAUAGAUCAUGGAAGGUGAAUUAAAUGCAUACAUGUCAUACUGGUGGCCAGUCAGUAUAUGAUCAGGGUUCUAUCCACAUUGUUGACAGCUCUAUGUACACUUUUUGUUUAGGUUUUCCACUUUAUAAAUUGAUGAUAUUACUUUUAAUAAAAGCAAAUAUUCAGAUAUGAAAUUAAUAUAUGUAUGUUGCCAUCUGGUAUCAUGUAUUUGUUUCCCUGUAAACAUUCCUGCAACAAUACCUGUAAUUUCUUUUGUACACUUAAUUGGCUAAAAGCACACUUUUAAGUAUCAUUUGACUUAUGCAUGUAAUGAGACUAUCCUUUUAAUCAUAAAUAUGGUAUCAGGAGCAGCUGCAAUGUAUUUCAUUACUCAUAUUAAGGAAAUAUGCAUUAUUAAUUGCAAUAGGGCACACAAGCGAGAUUUGAAGUUUGUGGGAUUCCAGUAUGUUUAAUUACUUCCAGGAACAAGUAAGAUAUUGCUCAUGGUUUGGUUGGUCUAAUCGAUAGGGACUUCAACUGUCAACAUGGUUUUCUGGUUUGUUUUUGGGUGUACCCAGCAGUCACCUAAGUAGCAAGGGAAAGACUCGGUGUUCAUUUUUUCGGUUCCCUGUGGAAUAACUCAAACAAGGGAAAUGGGCAAAUGGGAAAGACACUUUUGGUAGGCUUUAUUUGGCAAUCAUAUAAUGAACCAAGGAUGUGCAAAGUUGUGUUGUCAUGAUACAUUGUACGGUAACACUUAUAUACAUAGUAUUAUUGUGCACAUGCAAAGGACACUUCAUUGCCCUAUUAUUUGUGCAGAAUGUGAUCUUGCAAGGACCGAAUAUAUGUUUACUGCCCCAGACUUGAGUGCAUGUAUACUUUGUAUGCACAUUUCAUUCUGUCAUUUUCUAUGGCAGCAUUGUUGUUAAUUUCAUAUGAAUAAAAUUUUUAUCUUUUAUAAACGU